UCUUUCCGGACUACCUCCUCUGCCAAGCUCCCAGGAAAGCCCAGCUCUGAUCGGAAGUCCGAGGAUGUCGUCCAUGUUUGGCAAGCCACGGAGCGCCUCCUGCGCGAAUGAGCGUCAUCCCUGCGGCCUUCUCCAAGAGUGCAGCGUGGCCAUCUUGGGACUCCGGGGAGCUGGAAAGUCAGCGCUGACGGUGAAGUUUCUAACCAAGCGGUUCAUAAGCGAAUAUGAUCCUCACCUGGAGGACACUUACGCCUCAGAAGAAAUUGUGGAUCAACAGCCAGUUCUGCUGAAGGUUAUGGAUACGGCCGACCAGGAUGCGCCCAUGAACUGCGAGCGAUACCUGAACUGGGCCAGCGCGUUCCUGGUUGUCUACAGCAUCGACAACCGGCGAAGCUUCGAGGGCUGCCGGCCGUACCUGGACAUCCUCACCCUCCACUCGAAAAACACGCAGAAUGAGGCGCCGGUUCUCCUGGUGGGGAACAAACUAGACAUGGAGCAGUACAGACAGGUCACCAAAGCGGAAGGGGCCUCUCUCGCCGCCAAGUACGGCUGCUUCUUCCACGAAGUCUCGGCCUGCCAGGAUUUCGAAUCCGUGCAGCACGUUUUCCACGAGGCCGUCCGGGAGGUGAGGCGCGAGGCCGAGAGGCACCUGCCGGUCCGCCCCUUGUACAUCUUCGAGGAGAAGCCCCCGCUGCAUUUCGUCACGCCGGUCCCCGUGGCCUCCAAGCACGGCCUGGCCAGCUGCACCUACAGCACGCUCUCCACCGCCAACUACAAGGAAAUCCCGUCGGUGGCCCAGGCCAAGCUGGUGACGGUGAAGUCCUCCCGGGCGCAGAGCAAGAAGAAGGCGCCCACAUUGACUCUGCUGAAGGGGUUUAAGAUAUUCUAGCGGGGCAGCCGGAGGAAGCGGGAAGAAGCCACUCGGGCCUGCGUGGAGGCUCCGGCACGAUCCAGCGGCCACGUUUGCAGAUGGCGGACGGGCCGGCCUUCCGGACGGUCCACACGGCCGCUCGCUCUACAGCAAAGCAUGCUGGGAGAAUCAGGGACCCAGCCUGGGGGAAGCCAGGGACCUGUUCCUCUGCAGACCACCCCACUGCCAGUUUUCCUCGCGGCUGGUUGCGGGAUUUGCACCCUUGCGCGUGCGAGUGGCACCAGCUAUUCCGGAGGGCUUUGCUCCUGGGUGGAAUUGCUGCCACGUCGCCUUGG